AUGAGACGAGUGAUGCUGGCAGGAUCCGAACCUGCUGCUGUGGGUUCUGCAGCAGGAGCAGCAGGAGCAGCAGGAGCAGCAGCAUCAGCAGCAGCAGGAGCAGGAGCAGCGGCAACAGGAGCGGGCUCAGACUCAGCGCUGCUGCGGAGGCUAAUGGAUAGCUGGCCAGACGUGGUGGUGCAGGCAGACAUGCCCGCUGACCUGCCUCAUGCGUCCCUCCGAUGGCUCAAUCCAGGUACAGGUCAAUGUGACUGGGAGGGAGGAGUUGCAGCGCUGGUGCUGAGGCUAAUGGAUAGCUGGCCAGACGUGAUCGUGCAGGGAGACAUGCCCGCCGACCUGCCGCUCGCAUCCCUCAGAUGGCUCAAUACGACAGCUGAAGGGCGAUGGGUAGAGCAGGUGACUGGCCGUACAGGCAUUCACUCACUCACUCCCCUUCAUGGCUCCGUCACUUGCUCUCUUCUUUCCUCCCUUGAUUGCUCUCCCUCAUGCAUCCCUCACUUGCUCCCGCUCAUCCCUCCCUCACUUGCUCCCGCUCAUGCCUCCCUCACUUGCUCCCGCUCAUGCCUCCCUCACUUGCUCCCCCUCUUGCCUCCCGCUUAUUCUUCCUCAUCCGUCAACCCUCCACGUCCUCCCAUCGUCCCAGGUCUCACUGCCGCCGUGCGCCACCAGUGCUGUCAGUGCAAGUGCUCCCAUCAUCCCUCUCCCCUCCACGUCCCCCCAUCUUCCCAGGUCUCACUGCCGCCGUGCGCCACCGGUGCUGUCAGUGCAAGUGCUCCCAUCAUCCCUCUCCCCUCCACGUCCCCCCAUCUUCCCAGGUCUCACUGCCGCCGUGCGCCACCAGUGCUGUCAGUGCAAGUGCUCCCAUCAUCCCUCUCCCCUCCACGUCCCCCCAUCUUCCCAGGUCUCACUGCCGCCGUGCGCCACCAGUGCUGUCAGUGCAAGUGCUCCCAUCAUCCCUCUCCCCUCCACGUCCCCCCAUCUUCCCAGGUCUCACUGCCGCCGUGCGCCACCAGUGCUGUCAGUGCAAGUGCUCCCAUCAUCCCUCUCCCCUCCACGUCCCCCCAUCUUCCCAGGUCUCACUGCCGCCGUGCGCCACCAGUGCUGUCAGUGCAAGUGCUCCCAUCAUCCCUCUCCCCUCCACGUCCCCCCAUCUUCCCAGGUCUCACUGCUGCCGUGCGCCACCAGUGCUGUCAGUGCAAGUGCUCCCAUCAUCCCUCUCCCCUCCACGUCCCCCCAUCUUCCCAGGUCUCACUGCUGCCGUGCGCCACCAGUGCUGUCAGUGCAAGUGCUCCCAUCAUCCCUCUCCCCUCCACGUCCCCCCAUCUUCCCAGGUCUCACUGCCACCUUGCGCCACCAGUGCUGUCAGUGCAAGUGCUCCCAUCAUCCCUCUCCCCUCCACGUCCCCCCAUCUUCCCAGGUCUCACUGCCGCCGUGCGCCACCAGUGCUGUCAGUGCAAGUGCUCCCAUCAUCCCUCUCCCCUCCACGUCCCCCCAUCUUCCCAGGUCUCACUGCCACCUUGCUCCUCCAGUGCUCCUGGCACCAGUGACAGCAGCACAGACAGCAGCAGUGCCAGCAGUGCCAGCAGUGGUGGCAGUGAGAGUGGGAGGAGCGCAGAGGGGUGGGUCACACAGACAGACACUGUCGUCUCUCUGCUGCUUCCCAAUGCAUCGUGGAGCCUUGCUUCUUCGUCCCUGACCCCCUCCGAGUCUUGCAGCGUGAGGGCACUCGAAACGGCCUGCCUGGGCGGGGUGCUGCCGUCAGCAGGCGUGGCGGCCAUCAUGCGCACCCACCCCGCCUCCACCCUCUCUAGGCUGCCCCAUUCUACGGCUAUCUAUCUUGAGGUGAGAGCAGCGAGGGAGCAGAAAGGAGCUGUGCGGUGGGGAAGGGUGCGAGGAGGUUGA